CGUGACGGGCACUUUGUGAGGUGCGAUUACUAUCCCUGUUACGUGACACAUCUCUUAGACGAGCUUGUUAAGAUCAUCCCAGACGAUGCGGUCGCAUUCCGUAAGAAACUGGUAAAUGUGACAGAUGAAGAUAUAGGGGGAAAGGUGCUUCUGCAUUUUCAGGACGGCACCACAUCCAGCGCCGAUGCAGUUAUUGGAUGCGACGGCAUCAAAUCCAAGGUCCGACAGCUGGUGUUGGGCCCCCAAUUGGCCCCUGCGCAGUCGGCUGUAUGCCGCGGUCGAAUUGGACUUCCAAUCCGACAGCUGGUUCUCGGACCAGAUACCCCCGCCGCGUACCCUCACUCCAGCCACAAAGUUGCCUAUAGGGCCUUGAUACCCAUGGACCGCGCAGUAGCCGCCAUCGGAAGCUUCAAAGCCUACAACGAGCAUUGCCACACCGGUCCACGAGCACAUGUCCUGCAUUUCGCGGUGGCAGGUGGUACGAUUCUGAACUUUGUGGCCUUUGCCGAUGAUACUACUGAUUGGGACAAGAGGGGCGAUGGAGUUGCUAACAUGACAAGUCAGACGACAAGGAAGGAGGUCGCUGAUGUAUUCCAGGACUGGGGUCCUACAGUCAAGAGUCUCAUUGACUUGCUGCCAGAUGAAAUUACUAAAUGGGCCAUCUUCGAUACUUACGACUACCCUGCUCCAACGUACGUCAAAGGGAGGCUUUGUCUUGCAGGUGAUGCUGCUCACGCCUCCACUCCUCAUCACGGAGCCGGCGCAGGUAUGGGCGUCGAGGAUGCGCUAGCUUUGGCCACACUCCUUGACAAUGGCACGAAGAUAUUGCAAGGCCUAUCCAGACCUACACAACACGACAAGUCUGACUUAAGUCGACCCACCCCCUUUUGGCCACCCCCCCCUUUUGGCCACCCCAUUUCUCCAUCCCAGCUACCGCAUUAA